AUGGCUCAGUCAGAGGAGAGCCCGUCCACAGACCAUUUCUCAGGAUCCAUGUCUUCAACGCGUACACUAGAUUUUGACAAGAUUUUCUCAGCUGUGGGAGAGCUGAUCUUUGACCGCUCCGGCUCAGAGGAAAUCAAUGACGAGAAAGAUCCUGGGUCUGAGUCCAAGGAAGAAGAAGGAGAAAGGGGAGCGAGGGUUCACUCUAAAUUCAUAAAUAACUUGCCUCUCUAUCAGGACUACUGUUCGCAAAAUGUACGCAACGACAUCCAGAGGCUCAAGCAGUCGUGUCUGUCUGAGCUGCUGCCGCCGCAGUGCGUCCAAGGUUUACAGACUCAACUAGAGAAGCUCCACUCGUCCCCGAGCAGCUCCCCCCAAAACAACAGGCCUCCCACCCCUAUCACUGUGACACCCAGCACCCUGUGGCAAGACCUGGAGGAGGUGAAGGCCUCUGGGGUGCUCCAAAACUUAAACCCAAAAGAGAUAAGACUUCACGAGACGUCUUUUGAGUUGAUCUGCUCCGAAGCCUCGUACUUGAGGAGUUUGGACGUAGCUGUGAAACAUUUUUACGCUUCCAAAACCUUAAAACGGACACUGACCAAGAUGGAGCAUCACAUCCUGUUCUCCAACAUCCAGCGCAUUACAGCAGCCAGUGAGAAAUUUCUCACCGACUUGGAACUCCGCCUGGGGGAAAGCAUCCUGAUUGGUCCUCAGGUCGGAGACGUCGUGCUCCGACACUGCCCUGCGUUUCUUCGUCUUUACGUCCCUUAUGUGACCAACAUGAUGUACCAGGAGGCUCUCAUCAGCAAACUACUGCAAGCGAACAAAGCUUUCCAGAACGCACUCUCUAAACUUGAGAAGGAUCCGAUUUGUCAAAGGCAGAGCUUGAAGUCCUUUCUGGUUAUACCUUUUCAAAGAAUCACCAGGAUUAAACUCAUUCUGGAGACUAUUCAGAAACUGACGUUGCCCGAAUCUGACUCAAACCUGGAAAAGGCCGUUCAGGCUAUUCAUCAGCUAGUGCAAGAAUGUGACAAUAAAGUGAAAAAAAUGAAACAAAUUGAGGAACUCGUCUGUUUGGAAAUGCUGCUUGAUUUUGGUAAAAUGAAGUCAAUUCCUCUGGUCGUGAGCGGACGUUUCCUCGUGCACGAAGGUCCAAUGAAAAAGCUGAGUCUGGACGGCUCCGUUAACUCGCCGAUGGCUUUCACAAACGUCUAUCUCCAUCUUCUCAGCGACAUUUUGAUCAUUUCUUCUAAAAGGGAUGAGCAGUUCAAAGUGCUGGAUUAUGCAGAGGUCCCAGCUCACAUUCGCUGUGAGGGACUAAAGGCUGAAGUCCUGGGACUGCCCCCAAACUCAUUCCUGCUUCAUCUGUCCACGAGGCACACGGGGAAAGCUACAGUUCUGGUGUUGGUCACUGAGACGAGGUCUGAAAAGGAGACAUGGAUGAAAGCAUUGUCUUCAUAA